GGAAGUGAAAAUAACUUCCGCCAAUACGUGUUUGGGAAAAUGGCUGACCGAUCUAAAAAGGAAAGUACCCCUCCACCUCUCCUGCUUAUGCCAGCUGGAGGGGGUUUAACGCUUACACCUCCGGAACAACCAAACUUUCUCAUGCCAGUGGUUCAGUCCGGUCCGGCAUUGCUUGACCCUGAUGAAAGACGUCCUUCAAACAGAGAAGAGGCAGAGGCAGACAGCUUUGUGGGUCAGUCUUCUCCACCCCAAGGACAGCCUCUGCCUGGCCAGCCAACCAACUAUUUCCAGUCUUCCGGGAGUCCUGGCUAUGAUCCGUUUGCUCAAGUUGGACCAGGCCAACCACCGGUUUCCACCUCUGCUGCUCCUUAUGUCCCUGCUCAAAUAUCUGCCCCUGCCUCUAAUAUGCUGCCCCCCAUGUCCCAGUCACCCAUACCUCCUUCUGCUGCUGUGCCUCCUCCAUCCCAGAGCCCUGCUGGCGGUGGAAAUAUCUACCGUCAAAAAGGAAGCCGGCUUCAGUAUGCCCCUCCACCAACAGGGCUUGGCGCACCCACUCUCCCACCUUCAACAUUUGCCCAGCUGCCCCCCUCGGGAGGCCCUCAGCCCCCUACAGCCAUGGUUCCUCCCAUGACGUCCUCUGCCAUGCCUCCUUUCCCUCCAACUGCUCAGGGACCACCACCCCCGACAGCAGCUGUCCCUCCCAUGUCUGGAGCCGGGCCCAGCCCCGCUGUGGGACAAGACGCUUCUGCGUACACGGGGGGUUUGUACUACACACCGGUCAGACACCAUUGGUGUUUCCGCCAGGAUCAGGGGGAAGUGGAGGUGUGGAGACCCUUCUCUGUCAUUGACAGCUCUCGGUUGGAGAUGGCAUUCAGUACUGGUUUACAAGAGAACCCAAGCAACACUAUGGUACUCACCAAUGGUGGCCGCUACGACGUGAACGUUGGGAGUCGUGUUCGUACGCCUGUCUACUGGACGGAAGAGCCAAAAGCUGUGAAACGCUGUUCUUGGUUUUAUAAAAGAGAAGGAGAUAACCGGUACAUCCCAUAUGAAGAAGAAUUUUCCACUCGUCUAGAGGAUGAGUACAGGAAGGCAAUGGAAACAGGGGGAUGGCACCGUAGACUGGAAUUUCCUGGCAACAUCAUCAUAGUUAUGCAUAAUGCUAAUGUAAUAGUGCAGUUUCCUGCCUCUGCAAUGCCAGAUGAGUGGGGAAAUGUUCAGAGUCAGAACAUUUAUUCUAUGACGGGUGAUCAAAUGCGACCUCGUGUGGUGAAGAGAGGAGUUGAUGAUUUUGCAACAAUAGAAUAUGGUGAGAGGGAAGAAGUGGACCAUCUUGUCUUUUUUGUGCCAGGCAUUGAGGAUAUGUCAGAUGUAAAGGGGAAGUCAGUUGAAGCUUUUGUUGACGACUUUCGCAGCAAUACUCUGAACCUCAUGCAGUCCCACUUCACACAAGCUUUUCAGGCUAAGAGUGUUAACAGAGUGGAGUUCUUGCCUGUGGUGUGGACGCAAGCUUUGAAUAAUGGUGCAUCAGGGGCUAAAGAACAAGUGGGCAGUGUAACUUUACCAAGUACCUCCAAGUUGCGGCAUUUCAUCAACAACACUCUAGUGGACACUCUUUUUUAUACUAGUCCCCUGUACUGUCAGAGAGUAUGUGAAACAGUUGGUAGUGAAAUGAACAGAAUGUUUCACAUUUUCCUGGAACGGAACCAGUCUUUCAGUGGAGAUGUUUCGGUAGCCGGGCAUAGUUUAGGGUCUGUUAUCUUGUUUGACCUUCUGAUCAACCAGCGACUCCCAGGGGAAUCUCAGCUCGCUCCCACUGACCUUGUGGCUCCGUCAGAUGUUGUUCCAGAUGUUUCUGCAGUGUCACAGGCCUUGAAUGGGGAUGUUUCGGCAACGGAGGACAAGGAGGAAGAGGAGCUCACUCUAGAAGCAUUGUUGUCUCGUGUAGGACUGCAAGACAAGGCCACUUUAUUCCAGGAAGAACAAAUGGAUGUUGAAUCUUUGAUAAUGUGCAGUGAACAAGAUCUCAAGGACAUAGGUCUGCCCAUGGGCCCAAGGAAAAAGCUUCUGGGAUUGUUAAAAGAAGAACAAGAGAGAAAGCAGACCAGCCAGAAGGAAAAAGCAGAAAGAAAAAUGAAGGAAGAAAUAGAGAGAAAGCAGGCGGAGCUGAGGAUAGCGGCAGAAGCUGCUAAAUCUGUUUCUUUGGCAAAUGAAGGCAAUCAAGUGACAGCAAAGUAUAUCCAAGGUCAUUAUGGAGCAGGCCAGUUGAAAGUCUCCUACCCUCAGCUGGACUUUACUCCUAGUGCUUUAUUUGCUCUGGGUUCACCCAUACCAGUAUUUCUCUCUCUGCGGGGAGUUCAGGAAAUUGGAGAAUUCUUCCAGCUGCCUACGUGUCCAAGAGUCUACAAUAUAUUUCAUCCAUUUGAUCCUAUGGCAUACAGGAUGGAACCUUUGAUCCGUUCCAACACCUCCACUGUGAAGCCAGUGCAAGUUCCCCAUUAUAAAGGAAGGAAGAGGCUGCAUUUAGAAUUCAAAGAGGCCGUGACAAGGUAUGGAACAGACAUAAAACAGAAACUCAUCGACUCCUUCAAGAGCACAUGGAAUUCUAUCAAUGACUUUGCAAAAGCCCACACGACCGGUGGAAAGGCGACGACAAUGGAGAAUGAGGUGCAGUCUGGAAUGAAAGAGAUGAUGUCCCAUAUAGCACAGCAGCAUUCAGAGGACGAUAAAGCUUCUGUGUCAUCCAUGGCUGAGGAAGAGAUCCACAUGGGACAGCUGAAUGAGGGCCAGCGAGUGGACUACGUCCUGCAGGAGGGACCUCUGGAAAGCUUCAAUGAUUACCUUUUUGCCUUGGCUUCUCACUCUUGUUAUUGGGAAUCUGAGGAUACUGCUCUUUUGGUGCUGAGAGAGAUCUACUCCCCGCUGGGAAUCAGACCUCAGAUGCCAGGCGAAGACAGCGGAAAAUCCUCCCGAGAGUCUUCCCUGCCCCCACGACAUCCAGCGGGACCGCCUCCUCCCUCAACACCAAAGGCCGGGCUUCCUCCAGCACCGAGCGCCUUCCAGACCCCGCCACACAGCUCUUUUCAACCUCCUCUGAUGCCGUUUCAGAAUAACGGUCUGCAGCCCGGCGGCCCUAACCCUGGGUCCGCGUUCCACACCCCUAGCCCCAUGCAGCCCCCUCCGGCUGGCCCGCCUCCUACCAUGUUCAGCCCAAUGGGCACGCCUCCGACGGCUGGUCCAGGGGGGAUGAGGAAGUCGCCGUACGUGGCUCCUGAUUUCUCCAACCUGCCCAGUAACAUGGGAGCAAGCCCUACUGGACCCCCACCCAUGGGCCCGGCAGCUGCCGGUGGCUACCGUAGAAUGCCUCCGCCGCAGUGAGGGGAAACAGAUUUAUGUAGGGUUUUUUUUACAGCGUGCCCCCAUUAGAAUGGAUUUGAAAGGGGAUAUGUGUGUCCCAUUAUACUCGAGUCUAUUUUACCCGAGUAUAAUGUUAUUUCAUAAUAGGCCCAGAGGCUAACAUUUUAAACGUACAGUGCAGAUAUAAAUUGAAAACAGUGAAAAAUCGCUCUUUCAUCAACAAAAAUAUCAGGGUAUCACAGCACUGCUACUGGAAGGUGUCAAAAAUGAAUGCAGAGUAUUUAGUUUAGCGGUUGUGCCUUCAGAGAGAGGCUCUACGUCACUACAUGUGAUGUGAACUGAAACAGUAUUUUCUGAGAUUUCAUCGUGCCCAGGCAAUGAAAGUCUUUUUUUAAUGAGGGUGCUUUGUAAUGUGACCAGUUGUCACCAGUUGGACCAAACCUGCUCAUCAGUAGUGAAUCACAUCAUGAUCAGGUUUAGUAUAUUAUAUCAUAGCUGGGAGAGGGCUGAUGGGGGCGGAGAAUAAUCAAUGUAUAGUAAUUUGUUUGGGGGUUUUGUUUUGUUUUUGUUUUUUUGGGGGGGUUUUUUGUUACCUUCAUUUCAUGAAAUAUGUGGUCAGUGAAAAAUAUUUUGAAAGUGGAGAGAAAAAAACCCUGAGAAACAGCUUUAUGAAUGCCCAAUUAAGUCUAUAGUUACUUGACUCUAUGUGACCCAGCUAUUGAGUUCUCUUGAAAAGAAGUAAGGUUUGCUUCAGGGGUUUUGGAGGUCUUAAAACUAUUAUUGGCCCCUUAGCUUGAUUGGAGUAUUCCUAUGUAUCGAUUGCUAUUACUUCCUUAAAUAGCAUACAUUUGUUUUCGGCUAAUAGGGUAUUGAGUGGAGUAUGGGUGUGAUAAAACAUACUUUUCUAUCAUAGUAAUGUGUGUAUAUAUGUUGUUGGAUCGAGAACCAAUCUUAUGUUACUGGAAUUAAGAGUCUAGGAACUAUUUAUUGAAUGAAAUGGAUGAAAGUAUGUGGGCUGCUGUUAAUCCCUUGUAUCAAUAAUAUAUUUCUUUCCGACUUCAAUGAAAAAGACUAUCUUGAAUUAGCCAGGAAACCUUUACGGGAUUUCCUAUUUGUGGAAGAAGAAUGGGUGUUAAGAAAGGAAGAAAUUGAAUGCAUUUAAAUCUGGGGUGUCGUUUUUUCCGUUUUGCAGUUCUUUGAUCUGACUCAAAUGAGUACAUUGAAACAUUUUUCUGAAAGCCAUAUUUAUUUAUUUAUUUUUUGCCCAUAUUUAACUUUGGCAGUUCUUUUUAUUUGUGGGUCGGAAUCAUGCUUGAAACUCAGCAUAAGACUUUGUCUUCAUACACUUUUUCUCCAUUUGUUUGUACCACAUUAUAUGGCUGUGUUGUAAUAAUUUUUUUUUCAGUCUGUUUUUUAUGUUUUCAGUGCUUUGUCCUACAAUAACCCAUAUGAUGACUUUUCUGUUGAUCGUUUAUUACUUGUCUGGAUGAUUGGCAGAUGUAAAGAGAAAGAAAUAAAGUAUGUUUGUGGGGGAGAAGAAUAUUGCAACUCUUCACAAACCAAAGCAUGUUGAAAUGAUGAUUACUGGCUAUCUUAACUGUACAAUGGAAAAGUCAGAAGUGAAGGAAAAAGCAUUUAAUUGUUACUUUAGCAGGUAGCAGUGCAAAACAUGAUUUAUUUCACUUCUGAACACUAUAUUGUUAUGUAUCAAAUGCAUAGAUAUUUAUUCUUUUUGUAUUUAUUAUGGUUUAUAUUAUUAUUUAUGAGGAUUUUAGAGAUAUAACGGUAUAACAGCUUGCCAUGCUGCCAUUCAAUGAUGGACAGACAGUGUAAUUGUUUUGCUCAGGUAGCCUGUGGUUGCUAAUUUUGUUUUAUUUGCAGUUUACUUUUCUUUCCAUUCUUGGAAACUAACCAGUCAACUGACUCUUGUUCAUGUUAUGUACAAGUCACUUUACAUGAUCAUUACAUUCAUUUAUGAGAUGCCGGCUAUACUGAAUUCCCUGCAGCUGUUGCACACAUUUUGCCAUGGACUUGUUCUAGUCAAGUGUUCAUUUGCUUGAAAUUAUGAUUAGUGUGCAGUAACCCUUGUACAUUUCCUAAAUGAGAUUAGACUAUCUGGUUGUCUGUAGGCCAAUAUUGAGGGUCAUAAGAUUGUGAUCUUAGACUGGCACUUCAUAUCUUGAAGUCUGUUCCCCCACUGUGCACAGAAAUUAGCACUAAAAAAACCCCAACUGAAUACAGUAGACUAUGAGGGAGAAAGACAUUUUCAAGGCAGAAUACUGAUGAGGAGGGGUAGUAUGAUGUGAGAAAUUACACUUUUCAUGAAAGGAGCAGGUGAAAAAAUAUGGAUGAUGGAGGUAAAAAAUUGUGUUCUCUAAAUGGCCACAAAUAACUUCCCCCAAGAUGUAGUUUAUGAGUUGACCUAGAGGUAAUGUUUAAAGUUGUAAUUUGAAACUAACACGAGAAGAGGUAUUGAGGUCAAGUCAAUUCACAUGAGAAUUUCGAAGUAAUUUCUGUAUCAUAAGGUGUCACAGAGUUUAGUUGUUUCGUUGGUUUUUUUUACUGCUUUCUGAUCUGGUUGCGUGGGGCUUUAUGUACCAGUACACAGGUAGGUUAAAUACAGCAGCCAGCUUGAAAUGAAGCUUGUCAGAUUUUUCCUCUUUGUCACCAGAUAGUUUUCACUUUUUAUGAAAACAAGGGCGUGAACUAUUGGGCUGCUUUACUUCAUACUCUUUGUUGGUGAGAAAUGAUUGAAUUCUAAAACGAUCACAUUAAAAUGUUCUCUACUCCUGUUCCAGGUCAUUAAGGUGUUCCCUUCUUCUAGGCUAUUGCUUAUUAUUUUUAAAGCAUUAAAAGGUUUUGUGACUUAUCUAUUUUCAAAGGCAUUUUGAUCACAUCACUGCAGGUUACUUAAGUUUAUUCAUUUGUUUGCGUUAAGAUAAAUUCAAGGUGCUGUCUGUGCAAUGUUUUCAUUGUUCCUUGUCGCCCCAGAGAAAAUAUUAUUUUCCUGUACAGAAUCGAACAUGCUACCAGUAAGGAUUUCAUGGUUGUUUGUGGGGUUAAGUGAAUGGUCAAACUGAAUGUCAAGAUGUGAGUUUCAAUAUGGAUUUCCUUUGGCUGUGUGCACAGAGUGUAUUUCUGUGAUGUGUCGUUUCUGAAUGACUGAACUUUCCUUCAUUUGUUUUCAAGAUGUACCUACCAUUCGUUUACGAAUACUUGCCCUGUCACUGUGUUAAGAUUAACAUUUUCCUCUUGGUGCAGGAUGUAUAGUUUCUCUCUUUGUUUAUGCUCUGUUAUGUAUGGUGUUCAAGCGUCUCUGUGAAUAUGAUUUCUGUGUCAUUGUGAAAGUGGAUUCUGUAUCUUUUUGGAAGCAAGGAGUUUCUCCCUGUAACAUGCUGACAUCAAUAAAACAUGUAGGAGAGGA